AUGGGCAGUGAUUGGGAGAUACGGAUAACAAGCAGCACCCUUCCGCGCUGCUCUUACCAACACCUCACUAGGUACCUACCUACCUACUAUCCACCGCGCCUCACUGGCUGCCUGCGACUCUACGAACUCCCCCCCGAGCUGCCUCGUCGGCCUCCCCGUGACGCGCCCGACUCAAGCACCGACGACGCCAAGCCAGCCCUCCUGAUUCAAGGGGGUGACGAGAUUGCUUUUUUGGAUAACGUCUUGCCAUAUUCCGUGACGGCGCAUCACGGCUUCGAAUCUCAUCAUUUGCCCUGA